AUGUACCAGACCAAGCAGCCCUGCCUGCCCCCUCCGAUCUGUGCAACGAAAUCCACAGGCGCCUGCGCCCCUCCGUGCGUGAAGACAUGUGCAGUUCCAUGCCCAAACUCGUGCACUGCUAAAUGCAUAGAGGCAUGUGCCGUUGGGUGCAAUCCUGGCUUUGUGCACAACUCAGAAGCCUCAUGUGCAGCCCCGACGUCGCCUGAAUGCACGGAUUCAUGUGCCCCUCCAUGCGCUGCUUCUUCUGAAGCACCAUGCUCAAGCCCUCCUUGCACAGAUGUCGCCCAAUGUGAGGAUGCAAGUGGGGGCCCAAGCCCUUCCAUCUUUGAGGCCCCAAUCCCAGUUCUCUGCUUGGAUCAACGCGCCACAACCGGCGAGCCUCCCAUCAGCAGUGGCGGUAAAACUCCGCCCGCGCUCCCUUGCAUUUCUCCACACGCCUGUUUUGCUACCUGCGUUGAUCCAUGGGCUGCAAGUCCUGACUGCGCAACUGCAUGCAGCACGAAAUGUGCCACGAAAUGCUGCGAUGCGUGUGAUGCCUCGAAAGGUGCUGCCGCCAUCACAUGCGCCACAAAAUGUGCCACGUCAGUCCCGUGUGCCACAGAAUCCACCAUCAUAACCCCCUGCACCACAAAAUGCUGUGAUGGGUGUGAUGCCACCAUCACAUGCGCCACAAAAUGUGCCACAUCUGUCCCAUGCGCGACAGAAUCCACCAUCAUAACCCCCUGCACCACAAAAUGCUGUGAUGGGUGUGAUGCCACCAUCACAUGCGCCACAAAAUGUGCCACAUCUGUCCCAUGCGCCACAGAAUCCACCACCAUAACCCCCUGCACCACGACAUGCUGCGAGGGUUGCGGUGCUUUGAAAGGUGCUGCCUCCGUCAAAUCUGCCACGAAUUAUGCCACGUUGGUCCCGUGUGCCACGGAAUCCACCAGCUGGUACCCCUGUGCCAUAAGAUGCUGUGAUUGCUCCGAGGCUUUGAAAGCCGCUGCCAGCAAAAAAUGUGCCACGAAAUGUGCCACCUCGGUCCCGUGUGCCACGAAAUCCAGCAGCACGGCCCCUUGUGCCACAAAAUGCUGUGAUUGCUGUGGUGCUUUGAAAGGCGCUGCCACCGUCACAUCUGCCACAGAAUGUGACACGCCAUGUGCCACGAAAUCCACCAGCACCAUCCCCUGUGCCGUAAAAUGCUAUGCUUGCUGUGCCGCUUUGAAAGCCGCUGCCUCCAACGAAUGUGCCACAAAAUGUGCCACGUCGGUCCCAUGUGCCACGGGAUCUACCAGCACAACCUCUUGUGUCGCAAAAUGCUAUGCUGCUUUGAAAGCCGCUGACGCCAUGAAAUGUGCCACAAAAUGUGCCGCGUCGGUCCCAUGUGCCACGGGAUCCACCAGCGCAACCCCUUGUGCCACAAAAUGCUGCGAUUGCUGCAGUGCUUGGAAAGGCGCCGCCUCGGUCCCGUGUGCCACAAAAUGUGCCAUGUCAGUCCCGUGUGCAACAUCUGCUGGCACAACCCACUGCGCUGCAAAAGGCUGUGAAUAUUGUGGCACCUGUGUCCCCCAAGUGAUACACACCUGGGCCAUGAGAUGUGGGAUUCCAUGCUCCAAUGCAUGUGCCUGUGGCUCAACCAAAGGUGGGGUUUCAUGUUCCACAUCGUGCCCCUGUGAGGGAUCCUGCAAGAAGUAA